AUGGGCAGCAGUGGACUAAGACAUGGAGGUGAGGAGUUGUCCGUAACUCUACCUGCAGAGGAAGGAGUAUUUAUACACAAUUACAUUGACAAAUUCAAAAAUAAUAAUAGAAAUCCCAUGAAAUCUGGUAACAAUAAUAACAAAGAUCCCAUGAAUCUGGUUGGUUCUGAUUUGAAGGCCAAACUUCUCUCCAACGUGUCAUUCGGCGCUCACCAGGUGGUGGAGGGCGUCGUGGUGGAUUUGUUGAAAAGGAGUUGUUGUUGUGGCCAUGGUUCGUGUCCCUUUGUUGUUGUGCCUGAAAACCACAUGUUAGUGGCCCUAGUAAGUGGGCCAUUGGAUUCACUAUUUGGAAGUAGCAACUUACCAGCCUUUACUAUGGGAGGUGUUGCAGCUGCACUCGGUGGAAUUUUGGCUUUGAAAAUGCUCCCAGGAAAUGACUCAGCGCAGUGA